GGGCGCUACACCCUCGCCACAACAUGGCCGUCGCAGCCUGACACCCCGUGCGAGUCUCGACGCACCCUGUGUUUCGCGUGUCGUCAGGAGGAUUGUGGCCACUCGUUAGCGAGAGAAUCACGUGAGUACGAGGCGACAGGCAGCUGCGACGAUCUCGCGAGCGAGCGAGCGAACGGACCAUCGCGAGGAUUCGCGAGGGAGGAGGCGCCGCCGCCGCGAAAAAAUUCGCGUUGUCAAGAGCGAACGAGCGUUAUCCGACAAGGCACAACGACGACGAAGAAAUCCGUCAAGCUGGCGCCGUUCAAGUUACGCUUCUCGAAGAUGCUGAAGUCGCGGAGCAGCGGCGAUAACCGCAGCAACAGCGUGGAGGCCGAGGAACAGCAACGGCAGCCGAUCGAUCGUUCGUCGCUGCCGUCGGACGCGGACGAGUACGAGUACGACGCGGAUACGGCCGAGACCAAAGCCGAAGACAAGAACUGUUUGUCGGUGAGGAACGAGCAGACGAUCCCCAGCUCGCCGCCGCCUUCGUACGAGCACGUUCUUGAGGAGACACGAAUGGGAUCGUCGACCGUCGCGUUACGACGAGAGGCGAAGGAGGGAAGCAGGGAGAACGAAAAGAGCACAGGGGACGCCGAAGGUGGAGACGCGGGCGAUGACGGCGGCGGCGGACCCGGCGGCGGCGGCGGCGGCGGCGACAGGAGAGCGGCUAAAGGACCUAAGAUUCUACACAAAUCGAGCAAAGAGUUCUACAAGGCGAUGGCGAAACAGUGGGGCAUCACUUGCAAAAUGAGCGAUCACUGCAGGUGCUUGGAUUGCCAGAGCCAUUACUUCGACUGCGACUACGAGAAGGACGAGCAAGUGAAGGGCGACGGCGGCCUCAGCGCCGGGACACCGAUGUUCAUCUCCGAGGUGAUGCACGGUAGCGCCUGCGCCCUUCUGUAAGAACGUCGCUCCGGUACCGCUUCUCCCGACGGGCAGGACUUCUACCUGAUUGUUACACGCACAAAACGAGAGUCGACGCCUAAUUAAGCGCGGCGAGUCAGCCUCGGCGAGAGUGCGCGCGCGUCGCGCGUUAUGCAUUUAUAUAUUCUAUUACCCAUAAAACGUACAUGAUGCGCGCGUGUUACGGCGAGAGAGAGAGAGAGAGAGAGAGAGA